UAGACGCAUUCAAUGGCUAACACAGAGGAGAAUCAAAAUGGAACGAAGGACCCAUUGCCCUUCAAUGGCUUCCUCAAACCCCAUAUCCCAACAGAGCUCUCCAUCCCCACAAUCCCACUUUACUUAGAACCUCUGCCCUCUCUCUUCCAUGGCGACCCAUCCAACCAGACCACGGGAACAGGAUGACCUUCAGGACAUCGACGAGGCCGUUCCCUCAAAUGGGUGUGGCUGUUUUCGGCUAUUCGGGUUCAAUCGGAACGGUAAUUACGAAGGUAGAAGUCUUCUGCAGCGGCAACAGGGCUGGGAAGAGGAGUCUUGGAUGGUGAGGAAAUUGAAGAAGUUGAAGGAGGUUUCAGAAAUGGUGGGUGGACCCAGAUGGAAGAACUUCAUCAGAAAAAUGGGUGGCUUUUUUAAGAGGAAAAAACAGAGGAAAAACAGGUUUCAGUAUGACCCUGAAAGCUAUGCUCUCAAUUUCGACGACGGUUUCGAUGGGGAAGGCGACGAUCAUCACCCGCCAAUUGCCUUUUCUACGAGGUUUUCUGUUCCUUUGGCUUCAAGUGAUUGUUGAUGCAAAUAUACCUCGAAAUGGGAAUCCUUUCCCAUUUCUAAAAUAUCAUAUGGUGUUAU